AUGGCGGCGUCCGUUGAGCUGGACUUGCAGCCCCUGAGCCUGGAGUCGCUGCCCACGGACCCGCUGCUGCUCGUCCUCAGCUUCCUGGAUUACAGGGACCUCAUGAGGUGCGGGGAGCCCGGCGCCCGGCGGGGCUUAAUGCGGGGAGCUGGCGGGGCAGGGCGGCGCUCUCGGGGCUGGGUUCCCUUGGCGGCGCCAACCAUGGGGAAAUGGGGAGGAAGAGGAGGAGGGUGGCGGCUGCUGCUGCUGCUGCUGCCGCCUUCUCGGAGGAAGAGAGGGCCAUGGCGAUCCGUCUCCUUUCACCACAACCACCACCCAAAAAACCCAUCAAUGGCGGGGCUGCGCGUGCAGGAAACAUCUCCAUGGAGAAGCUCCCGAAUGGGAAGGAAGAGUAGGGGAUGCGAGGCUUGGGUUGAGCCGAGUGGGGAAAUGGGGCGAGGGAUAGCCCAAUACCCUGGGUAUGGGAGCUGGGUCGAUGGCCCUGUCUGUGGGGAAGCAGCCCCCAACCCAUCUCUUCCCCCCCCCCCAUCCCCCUGCAAGAGCUCCUGGUGCUAUGAGCUGCUCUGCAUUGCACAUUUCUGGAGAGGCUCCUGCCGUGGGUCCCAAGUGGCUUCCAAGCUGGCCCUGCGCUGAUAGACAGGUUUUCUUUCACCACAGCGCGGCUGUCUCAACAGGUGCUUGCUCUGGGCAACGUGCUCGAAGCGAGCCCUGCCCUAGUGACACCACAUGGUGGAUGCUUAAAAUCCUCUCGGUGGCAGAGAAAUAGAUUGAUAAGGUUUAUGAUGUGAGGUGUGUGUCUUCCUUUGUGCAAGGUAGCAGGGGGCUGGACUUGAUUGAGCGCCACAAGUUUAGGGCCAACUAGGUGAUAUGUGAGUGUAACCAAUGGCUUGUGGAGUGUCCCUAAAUUUCCAAUUAUUUGUAAUUUUUUGUGUUUAAUGUUAUAGAUAUUAUGGUGUCUGCCUCAGUUUGUCUCUAUACACUAUGAUCUAAUCUGAUGGUGGUGGUAAAUAUAUUCUGCUGUAUGUACUGUGCACCCAAAUGACAAUUCAUAGUUUUUCAGUGUUAAUGGAAAUCCUGUUGGACUCGAUGGCCCUUGUGGUCUCUUCCAACUCUAUGAUUCUAUGAUUCUGUAGAACCUGUAGGGAGGUGUGUACUCCAUUCUAUUACGAUAUCUUGUUUAAUGUGCUGAGUUUGACAUCUGUUAAAGCCAAAGUUAAGCACAGAUAAUUGGUGUGCUUUAUAAGCAGCCCAACAAAGGCUUGGCAGAAUUCCCAACGGUUGGAAGAUGGGACUUAAGUAUCCCCUUUCCUUUCCUAUGGCAAUGAUUCCACAUUCCCUGACAUUUAUUUCAUCUGUCCAAAAUCUAUAUGCUGAGCCCACCUUAAUACCAUUUAGUCCUUUCCAAAAGGUGCAACAAUCAAAGCUGAGAAGCUUAAACACUUGGCAAAAUAGCAAAUACAUACAAAUGUGCAACAUUACUGGGUUUAUGUUACCAUGAUGUUGCCUCCCAUAUAUGUCACAAGCAGUACAAUUCAAAUAAUUUAUACCAAAUAGGUUUCUGAACAUAGUUGAACAAACUCUAAUUUAACUUGCUCUUUCUGAAGUAGUGAUUAUGACAUGAAUAGAAUCUCCUGCCUAGAGAGGUAUCUCUGAUGAGAAUAGAUGAAAAACCAAAGCUAAUUUCUUUUAGCUUUUAAGAUUAAUUUUCUCCCUUGUCCUCUACAGAGGGGCUAGGGUAUUUUUGGUUUUUUUAGCUCUUGCUCUCUACUUUUCUCAUAUUCAUCAUAACAAGUUGGAAGCUAAUGCCCUAACUUGGAGAACUCCGGUUAUUUGAAAAUUAGGUCCGUAUCCAGCCCAUUACCAAAUCCAAGCACCAGUCUAGUUCCUGAACAGUCUCACUUGAUUCUGAUGAAAUAAACAAAGCUGAAUGUCAUCAACAUACUGAUGACUCCUCACUCUAAAUCGUCUUCUGAUCUCACCCAGCAGCUUCAUACAGAUGUUAAAGAGCAUGGGGUGGGGCACAAAAUGAAAGUGCCCAGAAUUCCACAACACAGCUGCUAUGGAGAAAAUGUACAAAAGUGUGGGUUAAUUUAGAGAAUUGAGUCUUAAAGAUAAGUGUGAAAUCAUGUGUCAAAUUUAACUUUAAAAACAGGAAAUUCUCCAGCAUUUCUGUACAGAGUACAAGUGCAAUCAUUACUGAACCUGCUUUUAGUCUGACUUGUAGAGAAAUUUAAACUGACUUUGUAUUUGCAGCUGCUGUUGCGUAAGCCGUAGAUUAAAUCAGUUUUCAAGUCAUGAUCCACUGUGGAGGAGGCACUGCAAGAAAUAUUGGCUUUUGUCUGAGUAAGUAUGGCUAGUGCUUAAUUUACAUAAAAUGAGAAAAUUAUUCACUUGUGUUACCAGCUUUCUGUCUGGUAAAUUUACAAUUUUUUGUAGACUACUUCUUGGAUUAAAAGUUGUGUGCAUUAAAAAAUAAAUUUUGAAAAAGCUGAAAAAGUUUGCAAGCAUCAGCUCAAUAUAAAAUAAUCUGUUGGUAAAUAAUAGCUUCCUCAUGCAAAGAUGCUAGGUGGUGCUGAUUCUCCAGUAGAUAUACUAGAACAGCUUAGCUUGUCUAAGUUGUAGGGUACUUCUGUGACAAAUGAUGCAAUAGUUCUAUCCCAUAGGUUUUAAUUGGAAUCUAAUUGGAUAGCAGAAAAUGGGGUGUUGGUGUUUGAGUUUGAAACUUGGAUUAAUUGCUGCUCAUUUUGACACACAGUCACUUUUACAGGUUUCCUUGUUAAAGCAUACGUGAAAAUUCACAUGGCACUACCCCUCCCACCCCCUUUAUGCUGGCCACCCUAUGUUUCUUAUGCAUAAGGAUUCUUUAUUCACACCUGUGGCAAAGCCUUGACUGUUUUUGUGACAUCCUCUAGAAUGAUUUCAUAAAUCAUUAGCCAAUUAUCAGAAUGGUAUUUUGCUUUCCCUUUUGUACAAUCUUAUUUCUGUUGUUUCUGUACAAUAUUACACAAUUAUGAGGCUUAUUCUUGCUUCCUGCUUUUUGUGUGCAGAUUAUUCAAAAUUAAAUACAAGUCCAGUUGAAUUUUUUUAAUGGGAUAGUUAAACACUUAUGCAAAUCCUGCCCAUUGAACUGUAAUCCAAACUUCUGAACUGGAAUUUACCUUAAAAAAUUGAAAAUUAGCAAAUGGGGGGGUGCUAAGAGUGCAAAAAAUAUAUAUGCAUAUAUGCAAUAUUCUUACUACUUAUUGCUGCUUAGAUAUUGUUUUUUAUCUUUUUAGAGCUGAGAAAUCUCGGAGCUGGAAAGCAAUCUUUAUAGAUACGUAUGCUGAUCUCGGAAGGUAUAUUCAAAUUUAUGCUACACUUAAAAAGGCCUGGGAUGAUUUAGAAAAAUAUCUGUUUCAGCGUUGUCCUCGGAUGAUUACUUCUUUGAAAGGUAUUGUUUAUAAGUUUGCUGUUUUAUUCAACUUCAGUUGUACUUGCAUUUUCUCUCUCUAAAGUUAUCGUUUUAGAUCAGUGUCAAGUGCCACUUUAUGAACACCCUAGAUUAUUUAACUAUUGCCAACAUGCUUGUUAAGCUGAAAACAGUACUGUCCUCCGCCUUUUUUAUUUUAGCCUUCUUUGUGUGUGUGAAACACAAUAAAUUGUGCUUAGCUGUCAAUCUGGCAUAGUGAUCUAGAACAGGAAAAGGAAAACCAAAUGGACCUCGAUUGCAUAAUAUAGUAAUGAGUGUGGUACUUUUCACAAACUGUUAAAUAAUGUAUCUGUAAACAUGAUGAAAUUAAGGAAAGCUUAAGGACCUGAUUUGUAGUGGGUUUUCUGACUUUGAAUCGGUGCUAGCCUGUCCAGUGUGGACAGGCAAAACACUAUUGAAUUUUGCAUUUUUAUUUUUGUUAAUUCUAAUUCCCAGUUUUGUACAAAGGCAAAAGUGCAGCAACAAUAGUUAAUUUUGAAGAAGUAGAUACGAAAAGCACACACUGUGAGAUUUGAGGAAUGGUUUGAACAAGAUGUUCUUAGCCCUGAAUGCUGCAUCUUUCCAUUAAUCAUUCAGCUACUGGUUUGUUGAGGGUGGGGGUAAAGAUGCUCCUUAAAACACCAAAAUGGGGUCCAUGUGUGUAGAUCUUUUCCCAGAGGUCUCACUGCUUUUCUGGAAAUCUGAGAAGAUUAUGGGGGGAAAGGAGAAUCCCUUUCAGCUGCACUGAAUUUCAAAGAGGUUUGCAAAGCAGCUCUAUGUCUCCAUCUUGCAGGCUUCUAGACAAUGCGGGGCAACAGGAAGCCUUAACCCUAAAUUCAAAGUUUUUUAAAAGCUCAACAAAAUUUUUUUUUUUUUAAAGCAUUUCAUUGUACUUUUGCAUACUAAUGAAGUGCAGAAAUGUUUUUCAAAGCCUCAGGAUCAGCUCUUCCUCCCCCACUUCUCAGAGGAGCUUCUUCAAAUGACACCCACCCCCCGAGUCUGGAACACGCCCUGCCCUUUUCCUGCCUUUCUUCUUGUGGGGGAAAAAACAAUAAUACAAUAAUACAUGCUUUUAAAAGUUUAAUCAGUGUGCUAGAGCAGAUGUGCAUUCAUAUCAAGCAAAACCAACCAUAUAUUGCAAGUGGUCUCUUAUUUUUCUUUAGCAGCCAGUUUUGGAGCAGCCGUUUUGUUGUUCCUCUUUCCUUCACUAUAGAGACAUGCAAGGGGAAUGUAACUCUCUAGUGCCAUUUUAAUUUCACUUGCAGCUGAUAGUGUCUCAGCAUUACUAAAAACCCUAGAAUGGAAGCAGCCAUACUAGGUGAGAAUGAUUGUUACUGUAGGCUUUGGAAUACAUGAAUCUCUUUUGGGGUUACAAAGAGUUUGACAUGACUAAAUGACUAAACAACAAACAUUAACACAUGCCAUUUCCUCUCUUAUAUGGCCCUUGAAAAUUAUUUGUUCUCCUCCUGAGUAAUAGUUGGCAAAUGUUUUAGCCACAAAUUGCAUAGGGCAGAAGAAUCAGACAAAAACUGCUUCUGAGUCUACAGACUACUAGUUGGCCUUCCUUGUUUUACAGCAGUGUGUCCCUAUUCAAAUUAUAUGCUGUGGCUUGAAUUAAGACAGACUUCUAUCUAUGGUUUGUCUUAAAAAGAAGCCCACCACUUUGGAGUACAUAGGUUUUUUCCAAAAGCAAAAGACAUUAUGCUUUUCGUGUAGUGUUUCUGACAUAAGUAUUGAUGUCUGUUUCAGAAAAAGUAAACUGAAGAAUCCCUAGGAAAAUAUAUGAUUCUAAACACAGUUGUCACACCUGCUGACUUGAAUGGGGCUUGCUAAAGAGGUUUUAACAUCAUGUCUUAAAUAACGUACUGCAAAAUGCAUUGUUUAUAUUGUCUGAAGAUAAUCUGCUAAAUGGUACAGUUUUUGAAUGCUCACAGAGAGUGUUCGGGAGGAAGAUCUGGAUGCUGUGGAAGCACAAAUUGGUUGCAAACUCCCCGAUGACUAUCGAUGUUCAUUUCGGAUCCAUAAUGGACAGAAGCUAGUCGUUCCAGGGUGAGAAGCUAACGUUAACUGUCAUUGCUAAUUGGCAGUCGGCUGCUACGUAAGCUUGCACAUACUUGAAAUUUGUUUCUUCCAAUGGUUAAUAAUGUCUCCCCCCCUUUUCUUUCUGUCUUUCCAAAGGUUGAUGGGAAGCAUGGCCCUUUCCAACCACUAUCGCUCUGAAGAUUUGCUGGACAUUGACACAGCAGCCGGUGGCUUUCAGCAGCGGCUAGGACUGAAACAGUGCCUCCCCUUAACCUUUUGCAUCCACACUGGAUUGAGUCAGUACAUGGCUCUGGAAAGCGUGGAGGGCCGCAAUAGUUACGAGAUCUUCUACCAAUGCCCAGUAAGAAAGACUUGUAAAUAGACACUUUAGACAACACUAAUGCUACUCAUUAUCUUCAGUAGAUGAAACUGAUGCAGUAUAUGUGUGUAGAAUGUUUUUAAAAAAUCUAAAAUCAGCUGUCUUUCAUCUCUGAGCUACUUCCCACCAUCCACAAAAGGCCACAUAAAUGUUCAAACGCUCUAACUUGUGAAGGAGAGGGGCUUUUAAAUGGCAGCAAUUGCUAUAAUUGCCAUGAGAGAAGUGAAGGCUGAUCAUUAGGACCUGGAGCUGAGAGACAGGCAAAGCAGGGCUACUAGUGAAGAAGCUGGGGAUGUGAUGAUGGGGAAGGAGGAUCUUGCAAGUUGAUUAGAAGUUUGCCUCCAAAAAAAUGGGCUUCAUACAAAUGUGUCUAGUGCAUAAAAAUCAAACUUCACACUUUGAAAUAAUAGUAAGUUAUUGAUUAACAGUGCAUUGAGGGGAUCAAAGCACCCUAUUGUUAUAGUGGUACAUAAAACACAAAUUGGUUUUUAGCUACAGGAAGGGCCAUAACUAAAUAGAAGAACUUCUGAAAGCUAUUUAAUAAUAAAAAAGAACAUAAUGACUGUUUCAUUGAUACUAUAAUUUCAAAGAAAUAAAUCUUAAGUUUUCAAGUUGAGUUUUCUACCAAAUGUUCACAGACGAGAUGGGAACAUAAAGUGACUUGCACAGAUGAAACACUUAAUUUUGUUUUCUUUUUUACUACUGGUUACAGACUAAUAUUUUCCUGCAGUAUUAUAUGGUACAAAUGUCACCUGUAAAUCCAGUUUUUAAGGACACAAAUAAACUUUUUCCUUUUUCCUUUAAAGGAUCAAAUGGCCCGCAAUCCAUCUGCAAUUGAUAUGUUUAUUACAGGUAAAAGUAUUUUGGAACUUAAAUGGGAAACAAUUUAGAGAAGUCAAUAUGAAUUGGAAUAUGUCUAGAACUUUAUCCACUUACCUCAACAUGCAGCAUUUUCUCAUUCUAGAUCUUUUGCACAUUAGAGGACAAACUAUCUGUUAAACUGUGAUCACGUGUAAUAUUGCAAGAUGUUGGGAGAGUGCAUUUAUAAGCAGAGAAUGAAAGUAAGCGUAACUCGUCAGGUGCUAGAACCCAAAUCAUAUCUCUUGAAAUCUACCCCCACAAGUUCUGUAUUUGCAAGAUAAGUUUGGGCACUAGCAUUGUAUCUAAAAGCAGCCAGGUGGUAGAAGAUAAGAGCACAUCCUUUCACUUCACUUCCAUUCUUUGGCUUGGAGUGCCCUCUCUCGAGAGGGAGGAGGAAAAAGCAAAUCUUGGUUGCAUUUGUCCGGCAUUGCAAUAUGAAGUUUUGCUUGUUAAAUUUUGCUGAUACUCUGGGCUUCCGCAAUAUUUUUUUUUUUUUACAGUUUUAGAGGGGUAGCAAAACAUUAAAAGGUGGGUGCAUGCUCACAAAAAAAUUGAGAAGCAUAGUGCCUGUACUUUUUGCUUAUUGUUUCUAGAAAGGAAAUAUAGUUACUUCCAAUUGUUUUAAAUGAAAGAUGGGAAGCUAGGGAUUAUAGUUCAAUGUGAUGGUGGUGGGGGCUCUGAAUUAGAGUAACAGCAAGUCUAGGAAUGCUGGAUGUCACACCUCCACUGCAAAGUGAUGGGAUGAUGUGCAAGGAAGAAGUAGGUGUUAGAGGAGUGCUUAAGUCGUCUUCCUCCUGGGUCUCCCAGAUUCAUGUUUGCUGCAUCAGCUGGGGAAAGCACUUGGUGAGAGGAUUAUGCAGCCCCUACCAGCCAGCUCACGCAAAUUGCCUUUCAUCCCAUCUUUCUGCUUUGUCUUAGAGAAGUAGCAAUCAGGGUUUCUCAAGCUUGCUUUUUCUGCAGUUCUUAUAGUUUGGUUUUUGAAGAAAGCAACUGCAGUAACACCAUCAGACCCUCUUUUCAUAGACCUGUGAUAUGUAAUUGAGGCAUAAUUACCUUUCAAAGGUUAUGGCAAAUCAAAAAUAGCAUGCUCAGAGGAUCAAAGAUGGGAACAGCUUUGGGAAGGGAAGUUUAACAAAUGGAACCAUCUAUGCACACACAUCUCUCAAAGCUUUUUAUUUGUGCUUUGCAUUGGGAGGAAUGAUGGUUUAUUUGUAUUUUAAAAAACAAGAGCCAGAUUCAAUUAAAUAGUUGUACCAGCAUAGUUGUACCAAAUAGGGACCCAGUGUGAUGUGUCCCCUAGCACAACAAGGCUCCUCCUUUCUUCUUCCCCUGUGCUCUCCCAGUUGACUCUGGGGGAGGGGAGUCAGGGGGGGAAAUCCCAGAACAAUUUGUGGGACAAGAAGGGGGGAAAUCACUCCAUCUGGUAAGAGGAAAUGUUUGCUGAUACCAAGAUACUGAAUUCUUCCUACUAUCUUGCUAAACGUAACAAUGCAUUUAUUGCCAUCUAUAGUGAAAUGAAGCUUCAUAGUAAAAUGGAAUGAGGCAAGCUGAUCUGUAAGGAAGCAUGGGUAGGGGACAAACAAGUGGGAACUUCCUCUUUCUCCCCUGCCCCAGUUUCAUUCAGAUUUCUGAGUUCUGGUCUUAGAUGAAUGAGCAGCUUCCGCUUGCCUAGUCCUAAACCUCAGCACUCUAGUGCUAUAGUGCCUUACCAUGUACUUGAGACUGCUAAUGGUCAGAGCUAGGUGACCACCACCUGGGAGGUCUGAACUGUUCUUUUGUUUUGUUUUGUUUUGUUUUGUUUUUAGUCAUAGCAUAUGUAAUCGGCAUACUGGCCUUUUUAUGACCUUGUGAAAUGUUUCUCCCCCUUUGCCAUUAGGUAGCUCCUAUUUGGAAUGGUUCACCUCCUAUGUAAACAAUGUAGUAACAGGUGGCUAUCCCAUCAUCAGAGACCAGAUUUUCAGGUAUUAUGCCUUUGGUUUACAAUCUGUGGUAUCUUAUUAUGACAAAAUGUAAUAAUCUUAAACUUGUAACAAAAAUAAAUUAUCAUCUUAUAAUAUUUGUUAGACAUGUAUGUGAGCAUGAGGUAGUAAAGCAAAGCACACUUAUUAUUUACAAUAAUAACAUUGUAUGCUGGCAAUACAUUUGCACUAUGUUCUGCAGAAAUAGAUAUAGUCUAAAUGGCAUUAAGCGGGUGCAGAGAAUGCCUUUUCUUAUUAGGGAGAGAAAUAGAUUCUUAAUGCACAAAUUGUAAGGUGAAAGUUGGUUUUAUACAAAUGAAUUUUUCAGUAUUUGUUUAUUCUUUAAAAUAAUGCCUUUUUCUUUAUUUGCUAGAUACGUUCAUGACAAGAGUUGCGUAGCAACAACAGGAGAUAUUACUGUCUCUGUGUCCACAUCUUUUCUACCUGAACUCAGUUCUGUACAUCCACCUCACUAUUUCUUUACUUACAGAAUCAGGUAGGAGCAGUAAACGAAUGCUGAUUUUAUCAAUGUGUUACUGACACAUCUUGAAGCUUUCUUUGCUUACUGGCAAAAUUCUAAACGACCUAAAAUAUAAACUAGUCCUUCCAAAAUCACAAUUUAUCAGUGAGAGAUAAAAAGUAAGAACGGGGAAAUGUUGAAUGCUUUUUACAAGACUGCACUGAAGUUUCUUCUUUGCUUUUGACUUCCUUUUCUGUAGUGUUCUAUAGAACAUAUUCUUUCUUCUAACAUCUGUUCAAUUAUUAUUUUUCCUGUGUAAUAAUUACAGGAUCUAGAUCUUCCCCCUUAGGGUAGUAUUUCUUGGACAGUCAAAUUGCUACAUUGUGUCAGAGAAAAACAUGACUCUUAUGCCCCUGCUAAUGAGUGUUGUUUGUAAUGUGGUCAGACGAGUGUCACAACUAUUUCCUUCCACCUCUCAAGGCCCUAAAACAGUUAAAAUAUUCUGGAUAGUAUUUUAAGGAAGGUAAUAGUUUUUGGCUAGUGCUUUUGCUCUCUCUCUAAAAUGAGUAUCUUGCAUAAUUUUUUAGAAUUGAGAUGUCCAAAGAUGCUCUUCCAGAGAAGGCUUGUCAGCUAGACAGUCGGUACUGGAGAAUAACCAAUGCCAAAGGUGAUGUGGAGGAGGUGCAAGGUCCUGGAGUAGUAGGUAAGGAAUAUUUAAAGAAUGUAACUGUUUUAAAAACAACAACAACAAAUGCAGAGUGCAGUUAGAGGAACCUUAAUCCUUUUCUUCCCAGCCAUGAUCCCAAUCUAAGCAACCAUUGGUGCCCCCGCUGUGUGUCAAUUACACUUAAAAAAAGGGUUUCUUUGUUGCAAGUGCACCAUCACUGAGGAAGGACUGAGAAAGAAGCCUGCAACAGUGGGAUGAAGACGAAAGAGACAUUCUCUCCUUUGCUUCCCUGCAACAGCACAUGGAGAGGGAAUGAAGGAGGGGAAGGCUUUCUACCCUUUUCCCUGCUGCUGCUGCUGCUGCUGCUGCUGCUGCUGCUGCUUCCUUCAGCAAGGAGCGGGGAGAAGGAAGGGGAGAAACAUGUGAGGUGGGCAGUGGCAUCAGAGCAAGAUGAUUUCUUGGGAGCUGCCCCAACCUGUCCUGCCUGUUGCUCUGUGGCUUAUCUGAGGUGGCUGCCACACUUACUCACCUGCUUGCUUGGGCUGCCUGCUCACUCACUCUGUCUUCCUGCCUGUCUGGGCCUCACACCAGCUGCCUAUCAACAAGCCAUGCAAACUGCAGCAUGGCAGCACCCUUACAAUUUUAUACUAAGAUUAAAAUCUAUAAUAGUAUAGAUUGCUCGCUCUUUGUUUCUUCAAAGUCUGUGGCACAGUUCUAAGGGCCAAACUACACAUUACAAUAAACAUGCUGUUUAAAAAAGCGUGCUUAAACUGGCCAAUUUUAUUGGGGCGAAGGGGAGUAGCUUUGAGGCCCUGCACUGAAACUUGUUCUCAGUCUAAAUUGGAGCCCAGUUUUUGGUGAAAAACACUCCCCCAUGACCAUGGCUGAUAAACUGCCCCCAUAUAUGCUGUUUGCUGUAUAAAUAUCACAUUUGAGGGCAAAUAGCAGUCAGGAGGGUGGGUUUGUUUGUUUUUGUUUUGUCAAGAAACUGGUAUGGGGCCUGUAUUGGAAGCAGUCUUGUGGCUGUAUUUCUUUUAGAAAUAAAAGUGACUAGUUGUAAGCACACUUUUUUAAAAAGUUCAUUGCAAUGUUAAGUUUGAUCCUAAUUGAAGUAUUUUUGGUUCCAGAGGUUGAAGUCCUCUGUUAACUUUGUUUCUACAGGAGAAUUUCCCAUAAUCAGCCCUGGUCGGGUUUAUGAAUAUACCAGCUGUACAACAUUUGCCACUACUUCAGGGUACAUGGAAGGAUACUAUACAUUCCAUUGUCUCUACUAUAAAGACAGAUUUUUUAAUGUUACCAUUCCUAGAUUUCAUAUGGUUUGCCCAACGUUCAAAGUAUCUACAGCACGCAUGGUAAGUUAAAAUUGAUGUUUUUAGGCCUUAACUCUUCUCUUUGGUUUCCAGAAAACAAUUGGAUUUUGUGUUUAAAUAUAAAUAGUGAUCUCCUUUUUGCAUAAAACUAGGUUAAUAGUUUUUAGAAGCUGUAAGAUGAGUAAAGUAAAAAAAAACUUUACCUAGUUUAAAAAUGUGUGUGCUCGAGUAUCAUACUUGCUUCUUUAUCAAUUAUGAGCAAAAAUGCAGUGAGGGGAUUGAUAACAACUUUCUCAUAUAUGGGAUUAUGAAAUGUGUAUAAAGGUCCUGGAACAUUUGGGAAAAGCCCAAGUAGUAAAAUGUCUUUUUUGACUGCUUGUUUUGUUGUUUUUUGCUUUGCUUUGCUUUGUUUUUUGAAUAAUGCUCAGUUUGGGGAAGAUUAAAUAUAUUAGAUAUAUUAACAAUUUGAUAUUGCCUACAUAUUAUAUAACUGCACUGCUGUUUAUGUGCUAAAUGAAUAACAUAAAAUAAGUGGGAACUUAUUGUUGGAUAGAAACAUUAUUUUGUCUUAUAUUUAGUUACAGCAGAUCAUUUGUUCUGCUUUGCUUGUUCAACCUCUGUCCAUGUUGUCAACAGACACAUUAUGUGCCUUGUCUUGAAAAUAGUUUUAACAUUGUUUUCCACAAAUGACAGGGGAUAGGACAUUUUUAAGCAUUCCAGGAAAGCUAUUGUCAGAAUACAUGUUUUUAUAGAAGAGUGUUUGGAUGGGCAUUCUACUUUUUAAAACGCACUGUCUACUUGGAUAUCUUAUUUUAAAACAGAGCCUUCGACUGCUUUUACUGAAAUAAACUGUAGAUGGAACACGGGACUUACUUUUAAUUAGAAAUAUUUACAGACUGCCUUUAUGAGUAGAACUUUUUGGCUUACACAAAAGUAAAAAGUUUUCAGUGGUAAUAUGAUAAAAUACCAUUUGUACUGGAUUCAAAUUCAGUUUGUCCAAAAUACACUUAGCAGACAAAUCAUGUUAUAUCUUGGCUCCUUUUCUGUAAAAUGAGAGUAGCAUGGCCUUCCUAUAGAGUGUUACAAAGUCCAAUGAUAUAAGGCUGUUAAGCACUUUACACAAUUGGAAUAGGCACGUUUAGUACAUUCUCCCAAGUGUUGUGUGUGCUACAAUUUGCUAAGAAUGGGUGAAAUCCAAGAGUGUCAGUGCACUUGCACAAACUCCCCUUCCUUUUCUUUCCUGCUGCUGCUCCCUGCAUGCCCCCAGAAUCUGUUGUGUCCACUGGCAUUGUUUUGGAUCUUGCCCAAUGCCUACUAAAGAACCAAAGAAGUGUCCUACUGUCUAGUGUCUAAUAUAUAGCAUAAUGCUAUCUUGAAUGGCUGUGACAGGAAUUUCAGCCCAGUCCCAGGCUUUCUGUUGGGUAACACUUUGGCAAGCUGUUGGAAACCAGACGUAGUUGUAUAAAUGCCAUAACAAUUACAAGAGAUGUUAAAGUAUUUUACUUUUUCUGUGGUACUCAUUGAUCCUUUUGUUUGUUUAAUGCAGCUUGAUAAACAUGAUCACAUUCAGUUGGGGUAGUUUUGCAAAGAAACUUUGUCAAAGAGCUUACCUAUAUUACUUCUGUUCCUGCAUUUAGGAAACCAAUCAUAACGAAUGCGCGAUGGAUGAAGACGAAGACUCAACAGAUACUGAUGAAUAUGAAGACAGACGCAGAAUUCUGGACAUCCCUGUUCCUUCUGGACGUGGACGUUGUCCGCGUCAAACCUGAGCAAACUUCCAGAAAAACAAAACAAAGACCUAUUGAUUCUGCAGAAAAUAUUUCUGUGGAAGAUACCAUGUAAAAAUAUUUCUGAAUAUUAAGUCAUUAUUUGGCAGAGGAACAACUAGCAUGAGUGCUGGUUCUGGCUUGCAUCUGAGCAGAUUAUACAAACAGGGUUCUCUUUUGUCAUGUGUUUGCUUCUCGAGAGAGAAUAUGUUGGGUAGAGGUGGGAAUACAGUAGUGUGGUGAGCUUUAUUCUUCCAAACAGCUUUGCAGUUGAAGGUAAUCAUUGUACAUUUAAACUUCCUUAAAACCAGAAUGGUGCUGCCCAUUUUUCUUUCCGUUCCUUUUUUUAAUUAAAGCAGCAAACAAAAUGGAAAAUUAGGCAUGCCAUUUUCACAAUGAUUUUGUAUUACUAUUUCAUCUCUUGACAUAUGUGAAUGAAAUAACUGAAGUUAAAUCUGUAUAGCCAUUGGGACGAAUAUGUAUGUUUUUAAUGGGACACUCUGAAAUGUUUGAAAGGGAGCUGGUCUAAUGUUUUAAAUCCUGCAUCAUGCGCCUUUUUGAACAUGAAAUAUGCAUAUUGCCUACUGCAUUUCUUCAUUUAUUAUAUAAUAUAAAUAUGUAAAUAGCUUGAUUUUCCUCUUCAACUGCCAUUUAACUAUUGUGAUACGUGUUUAGAAUUUUAAGUAUAAACAUGUUUUCUUGAACACUAAAUGGUUUUCUUUAUAACUGUCUCACUAAAAAUGAAGAGAACUUGAAAUAAGUCUUAACUGGAACAUUUACAUUGAUGGGUAUUAAUAUAUAUAUAUAGCAAAGGACAGGUGAGAUGUAGUUUCGUACAGCAGUUGCAACAUUCUAUAAAGUAGUGGGGGGCUUUAGGCUGCAAUCACAUACAGUGGUACCUCGGGUUACAUACGCUUUAGGUUACACACUCCACUAACCCAGAAAUAGUUCUUCAGGUUAAGAACUUUGCUUCAGGAUAAGAACAGAAAUUGGGCUCCGGCGGCGCAGCAGCAGCAGGAGGCCCCAUUAGCUAAAGUGGUGCUUCAGGUUAAGAACAGUUGCAGGUUAAGAACGGACCUCCAGAACGAAUUAAGUACUUAACCUGAGGUACCACUGUACACACAUACCUGGGAGUAAAUCCUAUUCUCCCAAGUAGACAUGUCUAGGACUGUACUGUUAAGCAGCAGCGGUAGAAAGGAUUCACCUGUAAUAAAACUGGAAAAUCUGUCAUAGACGUCUGUGCCAGGGUAGGGACCUGUAGGGACCUCCAGAUGUUGUUGGGACUACAACUCCCAUCAUCCCUGGAAAUGCUGCGGAUUGAACCUUGGGCCUUCUUCCCGCAGUGCAGACGAUAUACAAAUAAGCUGUAGCCCUUCACUGAUAGUGUGGCCCAGAUGUUCCUCCGAAUGAUAUAUAAAUAGGUUUUACCAACUUGUCACUUGGUACACAAGUUUGGGCGGGGGGGGGGAGUAAAAAGAAAAGUAAAAUUCAUAAUUAAGAAAAUAUCAAAUUGAUACUCCUAGCUGAAGUAAACUGCAACUAUAAUUUCCAAAAAGAGUGAACUUGUUACAUUGUGGAAAACGUUUGAAUUUUCUCAAUGCCAUAGUUGUAUAAUAAUUUAUUGUAGGGUUUGUAUUAUACAUUUACAGCAUAAGCUACAGCAAAGGGAAUCCAGGUAAAGUCAGGGUGCAAACAGUUUUUUAAAGUAUUCACUUACGAUUCUGAAAAUAUUUUAAUUAGCUUCUAAACUUGUUUUUUCUUCUUCCUUUGGCUAGAACAAAAACAGUACUUAUCUCAGAUGGUGAUUUGGGAAAGGGGGUUGAACCAGCAUCUCUGAUUUGUUUCCCCCCUUGUGAUUACAGGAAGGAGCAAAACAGCAAUGAUCAGUUUAUGAUGACGUUUACCAUGACAUGUAAGGCCUAUCAGACCCCUUUAUCCUAUGAGAUGAUAACUUUUACUGAGGCUAGAUAACCUCAGUGUAAAAAAAAAAAAAAUCCUCAUUCCAGGAGGUUUAAGAUAUUCCCCUAUAUAUGUUUGUUUACAUGUCAGUUUAAACUUCAGGAGGAAGUAAGCUCUACAGAAACUUUCACUGUAUGUAGUAAACCUGACAAUGCUGAAGUCCAUACUAUUCCCAGUUCCCAUAACUGCAUACAGCCAACUUGAGAAGGGUUUGAAGUUUAUAUGUUCAGGCACCUUUUUAUAUACUUUAGACUACCUCAUGUCAUCCUUAUCUUCCUUAUCCCAGUAGGUAACUGUUCUUGAAGUUCUUUGAAUAUCAGAAGCUAGCAUCCCAUUUGAUAUACAGUGGUACCUCAGGUUAAGAACUUAAUUCGUUCUGGAGGUCCAUUCUUAUCUGAAACUGUUCUUAACCUGAAGCACCACUUUAGCUAAUGGGGGCCUCCUGCUGCCGCCGCACGAUUUCUGUUCUCAUCCUGAAGCAAAGUUCUUAACCCAAGGUAAUAUUUCUGGGUUAGUGGAGUCUGUAAGCUGAAGCGUAUGUAACCUGAGGUACUACUGUAUACCAUGUGCCUUACUCUCUCUAUCCUUUCUGGAAGCGAGGAUAAGGGAGCUGGGCAUGUUUAGCCUGGAGAAGAGGAGGUUAAGGGGUGAUAUGAUAGCCAUGUUCAAAUAUAUAAAAGGAUGUCACAUAGAGGAGGGAGAAAGGUUGUUUUCUGCUGCUCCAGAGAAGCGGACACGGAGCAAUGGAUCCAAACUACAAGAAAGAAGAUUCCACCUAAACAUUAGGAAGAACUUCCUGACAGUAAGAGCUGUUCGACAGUGGAAUUUGCUGCCAAGGAGUGUGGUGGAGUCUCCUUCUUUGGAGGUCUUUAAGCAGAGGCUUGACAACCAUAUGUCAGGAGUGCUCUGAUGGUGUUUCCUGCUUGGCAGGGGGUUGGACUCGAUGGCCCUUGUGGUCUCUUCCAACUCUAUGAUUCUAUUCUAUGUUAAAAACAAGCUUUCCAAUCUGGAUAAAAAGGUCUCUGAUGUAGGUGUUGUAUUGCUUUCAAAUACAUACAGUAUUCAGAACCAGUUCUCAGUGUGGAAGCAGCGUUUAGCCUAAUUAGUCUUAAUUCUCAAAGCCCUUCAUGUUGGAAAAAGUCCUUUUCUCUGCCUGUCCUGAAUCGUCUUAACAUUCAGCUUCGGUGGCUGGCCAUGAGUUCUAGCCUUAGGAGGGAGAAAACCUUUUUUCUGUAUCAACUUUCCUCGCACUUUUAAGCAAAUUAAAACCCACCCUCGCCUUUUCCCUGAACUAAAAAGUCCCCAAUGCUGCAGCCUUCCUCAAAGGGGAGCCGCUCCAUCCCGUUGUUGGCUCGGGUGGCCUUUCUCCGCUCCCCAACUCUACAAUAUCCUUUUUGAGGGGAGGCAACAAUGCCUGCGGUUUUAUUCCCAAGCUCAAUUUGCCACCCUGACGACGACGACGACCCCCUCAGGCCUCGCUCCUCCCGGCCAGCCGUUUAUAGUUACAGGCCGAGCCCGCUCCGCUCCGCCCUCUUUUCGCUUUCCCCUCUGGCUCGCUCCCAUCAUUGAAGCACUUAUAUUUCGCUGCUUCGGCCGCUCUCCGCAUUGCCGCAGACCAGCCUCGCCGCGCGGGAGGCGGAGCGUCCUGGUGCCCGAGAAGAAGCGGCGCGCUCUUCUGGGCGCGAGGGAAACCGGCGGGCCAGGAUUUUGCUGCAGAGAGAUUGCGGCGGAGCGUCGAGCGGCGGGCAGGAGGGUGAGCGGCGGGCCGAGCACUUGGCGCGCGAAGGGCCGGCUUCGAGGGCUUGCCCUCCGUUUUUGGCUUCAGGAUUCGUCAUUUAAUCGCUGCAGUCCCGCUUGGAAGGUGGGAAAGGGACACCCCCAGAGCAGGCGGGUCUCCGGAGAGGAGAGGGAUAGGGGCGAAAUGAGCCUAGACCCAAGCAGGUUGCAUUUAGGGGUUAAUUUUGCGGGGUAGGAUAGGAGACCAGGGGGCAGAAAGCAUCCUCUCCAACUAGGCUUGGGAGAGACCCCCCUUCCCGAAAGGCUGGGGGACUGCUGCCGGCCAGUGUAGGCAAUACUGCGGUAGGUGGGGGGUCGGAAUUCGCAACGGCAUGUGUGGUGCGUGUGGCGGGCGGGGGGCCUUGGGUGUGCAUCGACUACAUUGGGCCGUACUUUCUGCUGUGGGGAUUCCAUUCAGCGGGUGCAGCUUUCCUAACCUUUGCCUCCCCAUUGGCAUGAGAAGGCGAUCCUACCAAACAGCCCCGCCCCAAAGCGCCCUUCCUGUCGUCCGAGACCGUCCUAACUAGGGUCUGUCCUCUUGCUGCUUUCUGCGGGUCUCAAAGAGAAUUCUCUCGGGAUCGUGGAAGAAGCACGUAUCUAAGACUGCAGAGGCAAUGCUGAGAGAUAAAGGAUGCUCUGCCUCCAUCAAAGCCCUGGUUCUGGUCCCCUUUCCCAUGAUCUAAGGUCACCUGAUACAUUGCUGCUCCCCAAUAAUUCUAGCUUUGGUAACGCGCCAAAUUAGGAUCCCUCUUCUCUGUUUAGUAUGCCUGCCAUGGUGGUGCCGCAUAGUGCAAAUUUAAUCAAGGCACUUUAUGUUUUCUUCCUGUUAACUCAUUGCUUUUCCUACUGUGAAAGAGUAGGUCGUUUUCUCUGAGAACAUAAAAUAUCACUGAAACAUAAAGUAAUGGAAUCCCCUAGAGCCAUUGUUGUUAGUGUGCCAAACUGUGUGUAUGUUUUUAGCAUGUUAGAAGGCAGAAUUCCCACCCCAAAAUUUUGGUGUUCCAAGUGGGAGUUGGCAGCAGUCUGUAAAAUUAUUUCAAAAUAACAACAACAACAAGCCCUCAGUUGUAUCCACACACAUGGCAUGUUUGGAGCUGAGGACUUUGGCUGAGAGGGUAUGUCUGAUAUGUUACGGCCCUGCCAUGUAGUCCACUUUAUUUUAGAAAAUAUAGUACAAAUUUUAUACUAUUCAAAAUUCAAUACUGUAUUCACAGAAACGUAGUAAUCUAGAGUUGGAAGGGACCCCAAGAGUCAUCUAGUCAACCCCCCUUGCAGUGCAGGAAUCCUAUCUAAAUCAGUCAUAUGUUGAAGACAGGUUAAUACUGGCAUAUGAAAAGAUCUGUAUAAAGUGCCAAAUGAAUAUCUACCCUCAGGUUUGCAGCAGCAGCAGCAGCAGCAGCAGCUAGUAACAUCUGGAUCUCCAAAGCAUCCAGCGUCUUCAGUACUGAUCAUUCAGAAUAUUUUCGUAGCUGUCCUUUCUUUCCAUCAGGUUGUUAAAAAAAUUAUGUUUGGACCGCCUCACCUUUCAAAACAAGUGAGAGCAUUAGCAAACCAAAAUACAGAAGGCAUUUUUAAAAAUGAAGUCUAGGACUACUUUAUUGCACAUGCUUCUAAAAAGGGAAUAUAAUUGUCAGCCACCAUCAACACAUGGAAUGUUGUGCGAGGAACUCAAGGUGAAGCAGAAGGGCUGGACACUUGACUUGACACCAUGUUCACAUCACUGCUUGGAUUACAGGGCAGUUGAUAACACUGCAUAUUGUACUUACACUCUUAUUUGUUUUGGUUUGCUUACUUGUUCAGUUAAAUAAUUAACAAUAAAAAUGGAAGAGCAACGAACAACAACAACAAUAAAUCACAAGUCUGUACACUUGGCCAUCUUCACAGUGGAAGCAGACCAAAAACCUUUUAGAGAGCAUACUCAAAGUGCCUGCUAUUUCAGUACCACCAAUCCCUCAAUGUAUUAUUCUGAAACUUCAAGGGUACAAGUGCUCUGGAGGUCAGAACCAAUGAAUCCAAAUGACAAGAAAGGAGAUUCUGGCUAAACAUCAGGAAGAACUUUCUGACAUUAAAAGCUGUCAACAGUGCAACAGACUCCUUCAGAAGGCGGCAGACUCUCCUUCGCUGGAGGUUUUAAAGGCAAGAUUGGAUGGCCAUCUUUCCGUGAUUCCUGCACUGCAAGGGGUUGGACUAGAUGACCCUCAGGGUCCCUUCCAAUUCCACAAUUCUAUGAUUCUAAGUACUAUAUUGCAAAAUACAAACCUGGAAAAGGGAUCUUGAUUGCAGACCUCCAUUAUCCAACUUAAUCGAAAGACAGGAUGCUUAAGAGGAGACGUACCAAGAGAACAAGUGCACAUCUGUGACAGCCACCCACAUUUUGAAGAGUUAAAUGCUUGUAAACUAGAUCUGAAACAGAUAGCUGGGUGGCUAUUUGAUGAAGAAGCUGUAAACCUGUCAGGAAGACAUGAUGGAUACAUGCUUUUCUUAUUGAAACCAUCCCUACUCUCUCCUAUACUCACUGCAGGGCCAUCUAUUGCAUGUAAUGGUAGUAUGAAUGUAUAAUCUUCAAAAUACACUUUAAAAGCAAUACAUAUAGCGUCUGUGUUAUAUGUUUUCAGCAGAAAUUUGGAUUGUAUGAACAAACAGAAGAUGUUUGGGAGCUGAAGUUUGGAACAGUCCAGUUUUCUGGUUUCUCUGGCUGUUGUCUUAAAAUUAUUGCCACUAUUACCACUGACCUUGAAGUAUUAAACUGCCAGCCAACCAUUUUCCUCCUCUCUGUCUCUUUCUGCAGUUCUCCUUUCCUGUUUCUCUUUUCAAGCUGACUCAAUAUUUUUGGUUGCUGAGCAUACUCAGUUCUUCUUGGGCUGGGCUGGACUUGGGUUGUUUCCCCCGUAUUAGGUUUUCUUUUUAAAAUAUUUUUGUACGUGUUUCUCCAAACCUCCUACAGGGUCCCCAGAGCAUGCUGCUACCUGCUUCUUUUCCAGUGCAGCCUAAAAGCAAAUAAAUAAAUAAAUAAAUAAAUAAAUAAAUAAAUAAAUAGUAAAAUCUUAUUAAAAUAUAUAACAUAAUUUAAUUUGAAAACAGCACCAUUAUCAAACUAGAGUUCCCGGGAAGCUAUGGAAGCUAUGACUGCUAAACCUGAUGUAAUAGUGGAAGGGAGGGGUGUAUUAGUGUUAAAAAAAAAUAUGUAAGAAGGUAACUUUGUUCAUUUGCCUCCUUGUCAAGGCUCAGUUGAUUUUCUCUCUCCUAGAGGCUAAUAAUAGCUUCGGAUGGGAGGCUUUGACUAGAGCAAACAAAUUAUGGGCAGUCUCAUGUGUGUUUCUCUUUUUAGACUCCAGGGGAGCCAUGGACAAAAUGAACAGCAUUCUGCUUACAAUAUUCAUUAUUGUAACUGUCUCCUGCAGUUCUGGUAGGUAUCCGCCUUGAAGCUCCUUGAAGGGAGUGGCUCAGUGAUGUAAAUUUGAUGGAAACCUAUAGAAAGUUUUCAGCUUCUGUUGUAUUUGUUCAAGUGCUGUACAGAAUACAGCAACUGAUGUGAACAUAGCGGUUGGCAUACAGUUAACCAGAAGGGAUUUUAAAGCCUGAGAGGAGAAGAUGGGGAAUGGUCCUGAACCACACGCAACCUUGCAAGCAUUUCGUGUAGUCCUUUGGUGGAGGUGUCCACCAAAUAAUUGUUUUGUUGGUAAACUUUGAAUUAUUAUAUUUAAUGCACAGCCUAGGAAACACAGCAGGUUAAUCAGCAAAAACAUAAUAAAUAGUGAUAUGAUAGUGACCUAUCAGGUGCUUAACACAUAUGCUUGGGUUUACAUAUCCCAUGUGCAGGCACCAAAAAUGGGAAAUUUGCUUAGUUCCAUCAUACAUGACAGGUGAGUUUCUUUGAUGUAGUCAGUCAGGAAUCAGCAUGGCAGGGACAGGGAACCCAUAGCUCUCCAGCUGCUUUUGGACUCCAGCUCCCAUCUUCCCUGACCAUUGGCCAUGCUGGCUAUGGCUGAUAGGAGCUGGAGGCUAUAAGUUCUCUGUCCCUGGAAGAGGGUUUCACAGCAAUUAGGGAAGCAGGUAGAGUUGGAUGGCAGUUGAGGCAAAAUGUUCCACCAUAGCUGCCUGGAUAUUCUAAAUAAUGAAUAAUUUGCUUUUAGAUGUCAAACUACUAUUGUCUAAUUCAUAAUGCAGAUGCACUUAAGCCUAUUGUUUUCUGAAGACUGAACUCUCAACAGGAGCCAAAAGCUGCCCAGUUCAAUCCUUUGUCCAGUAGGGGGCUCUUCCUCUCUAUUUGUCUCAUUACCUACUACUGUGUCAAAGUGAUCAAACUUGGACAGGAGAGUAGAUUUCCUUAUUAGUUGAAUCCUAGAUCAAUUUAAAAAACAACAACCCUGCCUUUAAAAAUGUCCUGUAUAAGGUCUGUAAAAGCAAAAAGUAUUUUACACUUUAUUAUUGGAGACGGUAAAGCAACAACAAAAGCAAAAAAGAAACUUUUGGCGUAGUGAUCGCAGCAGUGAUGUGUCGUCAGUUUUCCUUUUACCAAAAAUUGAAUUGGGUUCUGAAGCGACAGCUACUCAGGUGAGCUGGAGGUCCCCAAAUCUUACUCUAGCCACAAACUAUUUAAGUGGCAUUAGGAAAGCUGCCAUCCUCUCUCCUCUCCUCCUCCAAUAUUCAUUAUGAUGUGAGUAAUCAUAUUGGCCUAAUGUUUGUUUACUGUGGCAGUGUACGUAAAAUACUUUAGAUUAUCAUGCUAUAUAGAUAUUUCGUUAGUUUAACAAAAUCUCCCUUUGUAUCUCAGGCUAUGCACUCCGAUGUUACACUUGCGAACAAAGCCCCUUCCUGUGUAGGACAAACCUUACCUGUAGCUACGAAGAAGAUGCUUGCUUGCAAAUUAGGUUUGGUAUGUAUAAUAUGCAGCAGUAUAUCAGUCUCACUCUUGGUUUGAGUGUCUCUUGCAGCACAAUCCUAUACUACUAAUAAGCCCUUUCUGAACACUUUCCAACUCUACGAUCUGCUUUUUGAGAUGAGGCAAUCUGUACUGCACACAGUAUGCAAAGUGCAGCCGCACCAUAGAUUUGCAUAGUGGCAUUAUAUGAGAAGCCCUUUUCUCAGAGAGCCCGUUUCAUACAAUCAUCCUUUGGGGCCCAUCCUUAUCAGCCUUUCUCAACCUGUGGGUCCCCAGAUGUUGUUGAACUACAGCUCCCAUCACCCCUAGCUAGCAAGGCCAGAGCUCAGGGAUGAUGGGAGCUGUAGUCCAACAACAUCUGGGGACCCACAGGUUGAGAACCGCUGCGGGCUUAGCUUAUGGCAGGCUUCCUCAACCUCGGCCCUCCAGAUGUUUUGAGACUACAAUUCCCAGCAUCUCUGAACAUUGGUCCUGCUAGCUAGGGAUCAUGGGAGUUGUGGGCCAACAACAUCUGGAGGGCCGAGGUUGAGGAAGCCUGGCUUAAGGUUAUAUUAUAUUUUUACAUAUCUGCUUCUUUCUUUUGCAUAAUUUAAUUCCAAUGUUUAGGGUUUCUUUUUUUAAAAAAGAAGUGGUUUGUUUUUGAGAUGGAGUAGAAGCUAGGAGUGGCAUGAGAAUCUGACGUAGAUGAUUUAUCUGCUUGACAUGGGAUGAGGGCAAAAGCUACGUAGUGCACUAAAGCAGCCCCUUCUGUGAACAGGAGUCCUUCCGUUCACAAAAGAGCAAUCCAAUAUUCAAUAGGAUUAUACCCUACAUCUAUGCAAGAGUACUGCAAAGUACUGAGACAUUUGGUUAUUUUUUUUAAAGCUUCCUUAUUUACCAUAUAAACCAUAUUAUAAGUUAUGGUAUCCUUAUAAAGUUAUCAAAUUAGCAGCUUUUGUUAAACUUUAAAAAAAAAAAAAUCAAUGGAAAGCAAAUGUAUUUUAAGCUGACAAGUUUUCAAUUGCUUAUUUUGGGGUGUCAUUUUUCUUUUUUCUUCUUUUACAGUGCAUUUGAGAACCUAUAGCUGCUGGAAAAUGUCACAGUGUACCACAGAACAAGUUGCCAAUUACUUUAACGCUGACAGUUUUAGAUUCCUUUGUUGCCAAAGAGAUCUCUGCAACAAAAGUUUAAACACCAUGGUCAGUACAGUUCCUCUAGCCAUUUCUGCAAUGACUGUGAUUUGGAUGAUGUUCCUGUGAUAUGGAGCUUUUAAAAAUGUGUUGUCUAUACACAUCACACUUUUCCAUCCUUUUUUUAGUUGAUAUGUCUGCAGCAUUUGGAGAAGGGGUGCAUUGUCUUAAACCAGAAAAGUAUUCAGAUACACAAAAGAGAAGGAGCUGCCAGGACAGGUUAA